AAGAAUAUCAUGAGAUACUAAAGUACUUGGCCGAACAUAGAUAUACUGACGUCGUGGAGGCUAUGAUUGCCGCUAGUCAUGGCUUUAGCAACCCGGCCCAGCAUAAACUGGAUGCUCAAGCAUUUUGGUCAUCAGGAGAGGAAUUAAAAUUUCCUGAAGUCUCCAAGUCCUUUGCCUCUCCAACAGAGAAUUCAGUGCAGUAUGUGUCCUUUAUGAUUUUCUUAUAAACUUUUGAAGCAUAUGCAGCAGUUUUAAUGUACUGUUGUAGGGGAGAACCGUCUAGCAAAGAAAUCAUAGAGAAUGCUAAGAAGUGGAUGGGCGAGGAAGUCAUGGUGGAUUUCAAGAAGUACAUCAAAUGGCUGGACCAAUUCAAAGACGUGGAGUAUGGCCUGGAUGAGCUUCAACAUCAGUGCUUCAGCGUGGAGAGCUAUGACCAUACCUUCCAUCACUUCAACUUCACUGUUAAGAUGAAGAAGCCAGACGGUGAUUGGUCAUCGACGCCCUAUUUUGCUCAAGUGAAAGAGAUCUAUGGAAGAAAAUAUUAUACCUGCUACAAACUAAGCUCAUAUGAUGAUGGUCACUGCUACGCAUGCAUAAAUCAAGGAAUGCAUGCACUGAAGCACCCUAUUGGUGAGUUCGGGUACGACAGUGGCUAUCCUGACACGGGGUCCCCCUUCAUUUAUCUUAGUGAUGAUGAAUAAUCAGAUCUCGAG